AUGACCCAUGUCGUUCGAACGAGAGCCCUCUCAGAGACCGACACGCCCACAUCCAACACCAUAGACGCAUUCGCGCUCUCUGAUCUCCUGGACCAGCGCAAGCACGCCCACGACGCGAAAACGGCCGAGCAGCUCGCCAAGCAAUACCGCCUCGACCCCCUCCUCGUCGAACGACUCGCCGCAAAAUACAACUCGCCCUCCGUAGCCCGCCAAAACACGGUCCAGAUGCAGGACGGUGAGCAGCGGACCUACAGAGAAGCCGUCUGGAUCGACCCACCGUUCAAACCCGCAUCGACGAUGGACAUCUCCAAGCUAACCCCACAGCAAUCCCAAGGAAACUCGAAUGCCGACGAGACCUCUGCAAAGGCUCAAAAGGCUGAACAAGAGGCUCAAAUGAAACGGGAAAUGAUUGCCACCAUACUUGACCAGGAUGCACGCGAGCGAUUAAACCGCAUUGCACUAGUCAAUCCACAGCUCAGCACUCAGGUUGAAACCAUCCUGGUGCGGAUGGCACAGACCGGCCAAUUACGCGGACGAGUAUCAGAGAACCAGCUCAUCGGUCUCUUGGAUCAAGCCGAUGGGGCAUCCAGUCCUACCACCGCAAAGAAAGGCGCCAUCGUGAUGGCAGAAGAAGAAGCUGCUGCUGCUAAUGUAGACAGCUUGGAUGGCCUGCUUCCUCCUCCACCGUAG